AGACUUUUUGAACUAGUCAAACCAAUCCAGCUACCAAAACACCGCGUGCACAUGCUAUGGUGCUCAGCCUCAGCUCUUCCAUUCGGAGAAGAGGCAGAGGAGGACGGAGACUGGUUGACGGCCAGCUCGGCGCCCAGGCACUUGCCGGCGGCGAGUCCGGCGAUCGCAGCAGCGCCAUCGUGCUUGUGGUCAGCAGCUGCGCCAUGGCUCCUUCCAAUCUUCUCCUCUUCCUCCUGCUUGUAACUGCAAGUCCAUUGAUCACCGGGCAGCCCUUCGACUACCCGACAGCUAACUUCUCCACACCGUGGACCAACAACAACUCCCUCGAGCACAGCGUCACCUAUAGCGACGGCUCAGUCGUCCGGGCCAUUGUCCUCCGGUCACCAAAAACACUCUAUGGUCCAUCCUUCGCUGCAGGGUUCUUUUGUCCCACUGCACCCUGCGAUACCGGCACUUUCAUCUUCGCCGUUUUCAUCGUCUACACCAACAGCGGCGGCAGGAUCACUCUGCCAAACAAUGGUCUUCCUCAGGUGGUUUGGUCCGCCAACCGAUUCCACCCUGUCAAGGAAAAUGCUACCCUCGAGCUUUCUGGGGAUGGCAACCUGAUCCUCCGUGAUGCUGAUGGCAGCCUUGUCUGGUCAAGCAGAACUGCAGGCAGGACUAUUGCUGGUAUGGCGAUCACAGAGCUCGGCAACCUGGUGCUGUAUGAUCAGAGGAAUGCAACGGUAUGGCAGUCGUUUGAUCAUCCGACUGAUGCAAUGGUCCCUGGGCAGUCACUGAUGGAAGGCAUGAGGCUCACUGCAAACACAUCUGCAACAAACUGGACUCAGAAUCAGCUGUACAUGACUGUUGUAUCCAAUGGAUGGUAUGCUUAUGUUGAAUCCACACCACCACAGCCCUACUUCUCGCAACUGGUGGACAAAAACAAGACAGGAAACCAUUCAACGCAGGUUACCUUUACAAACGGUAGCCUCAGCAUCUUUGUAGAGUCCACGCCACCAAACCCAGAUUCAGGCAUCACGUUGCCAGCAGCCAAGUCUGCCCAGUACAUGAGAUUUGAAUCUGACGGGCACCUCAUGCUGUACGAAUGGUCUGACACUGAAGCAAAGUGGACUGUCGUGUCUGAUGUGAUUAAUAUAUUUCCUGACAGUUACAACUGUGCUUUCCCGACGUUCUGUGGGGAGUACGGGGUAUGCACGGGAGGGCAAUGCAGCUGUCCCUUUCAGAAUAACUCUGUUUCAAGCUACUUCAAACUUAUCGAUGGGUGGAAGCCAAAUGCUGGUUGCGAUCCAUUGAUUCCAAUCUCCUGUCAAGAAAUGCAACACCAUGAGCUCUUGACCUUAACUGAUGUUUCAUACUUUGUGUAG